GGCCGAGAGAGAGCUCUGUUUUGAACCUGGCUUCAUACCGAAGUGAAACGUUGACAUAGUACGGUCUUUGAGUUGUCCGCUGUCGCUGCAUCGGUUGUUGAUUGUUGUUAGACUGUGCGAUUGAUUGUGUUCCAAAUGGUUGUUGUGUUGGAAGGUGGCAGUAUGUUGUCCUCAAGUAAUCAGUACCUUCAACCGGAUUAUUUAUCUCCUUUGCCUACAACGCUUGAUGCGAAGAAGAGUCCUUUAGCCCUACUAGCUCAAACAUGCAGUCAAAUAGGCGCCGACAGCCCUUCAUCGAAGCCAGUAACUUCACCGCUAGAAAAGUCGAAGAAAUCACCCACUGCUGACAGCAUUCGCACGUCACCUGGCAAAGAGAAAUCCGCCCAACGGCUCACACCCUCGGAAAACAGACUAGUUUUCAAGCCAUACGAAACCAAUGUAGUGUCUAAGAAGUCAGACGAAACGCGCCCGUCCUCUAAAAGCAGUAUGCAAAAUUCGACGGACGAUAAAAAAUCAGAUAGACAGAGUCCAGGAAGGAAAACAGUUUCACCCGCAAAUUCCUCAGUUUCUCAAGCAUCAGAUACAGGAAAAAAUUCGCCCGAUGAGAAAUCCAGGACUCCCACUGCUGGAGGGGCUAGCCCAAUCAUUAGAUCCGGACUCGAAAUCCUACAGGGCCACUCGAAGGAGUCGGCUCUUGGUGCGUACAAACCUGGUGCCCUGUCAUCCGGGCUCAGUGGUAGUUUGAACGGACAUUUGAAUUCGUUGUGUUGUCCACCGGGUUUGGAGCAGACGAAUCCCGCGUUCAGGCCUCCCUUUCCGGGAGCCCCGUAUAGUGCUCACCAGCAUGCAGCCAUGUACGCCGCCGCUGGAUAUCCAGGUGCCCCUGCUGGUCCUUAUCUGAGCUACACUAGAGUGAAGACUCCCUCUGGAGGAGAGGCCUUGGUGCCUAUCUGCAAGGAUCCAUACUGCACCGGUUGCCAGUUCAGCAUACAGAACCAACAGCUAUUGAUGAGCGGUGCCACGGGACCCUGUCCCUCAGGAUGUACACAGUGCGACCAUCAGAAGUAUAACCUAGCCAUGGCGAUGUCUCUAGUUCCUCCAGGUCCCUCGUCGUUGGCAUAUUCUCAGCUGGGCCGGCCUUACGUUUGCAACUGGAUAGCUGGAGAUACAUACUGCGGGAAAAGGUUCGUCACGUCCGAAGAACUUCUGCAGCACUUACGUACGCACACCAACGGCACAGAUCCUACUGUUAGCUCAGCCGCAUCGUCCCUGCUGAACCACUCUUUGUUUUCAACAGCUUCACUUCACCGACAGGGUUAUCCAAAUGCACCUUUGAGUCCUUUGUCCGCAGCUCGGUUUCAUCCCUAUGCCAAGCCUUCAAUACCAACAACUCUCUCCGCCUCACCUUUCAGUGCGUUCAACCCCACAGCCCUGGGGCCAUACUAUUCAGCCUACUCCAUGUAUGGACCACGUUUGGGGGCUGCUGUGCAUCAGUAGUGUUUCUAAAAUGUCGAGAUUUCGUCGAAUUUCGAUUGUCCAUUUGCUGAAAACUGUGAUAAUUUGUAAAUAGAUUUGAAGCUGAGCUGAAUGACGUGCAAUCCGGACAACUUUCGAUUUGGUGGGGCAAUAUUUUGAAGAGCUGUUCGAUUCUCGAUAGGUCUAACAUUUCCUUGUUUUUAUUAUUUUAAAACUCAUUUGUAUAGAUAUUUAAUUGAAUGUUGAGUUUCGAUGAUGCUUUAAUAAAAUGUUUGUAAAUGUA